CUCCUCCCUCCCUCCGCCCGCCCCACCAGCCGGAGCCCGGCCCAGUGCUCCAGAGAAAGGCCGGCCUGCAGCACCCGCCACCGUCGCCAACCGCCCGCACUCCCGUCCGUUUAGGAACUGUGACUGAUGAGAAUUAAAGGCCAUGGAUGAAGAUGGACUUGAAUUACAACCACAAGAGCCAAACUCAUUUUUUGACGCAACAGGAGCUGAUGCUGCACACAUGGAUGGUGAUCAAAUUGUUGUGGAAGUUCAAGAAACUGUUUUUGUUUCAGAUGUUGUGGAUUCAGACAUAACUGUGCAUAACUUUGUUCCCGAUGACCCAGACUCAGUUGUAAUCCAAGAUGUUAUUGAGGACGUUGUUAUAGAAGAUGUCCAAUGUCCAGAUAUCAUGGAAGAAGCAGAUGUAUCUGAAACAGUCAUCAUUCCUGAGCAAGUGCUGGACUCAGAUGUAACUGAAGAAGUUUCUUUAGCACAUUGCACAGUCCCAGAUGAUGUUUUAGCUUCUGACAUUACUUCAGCCUCAAUGUCUAUGCCAGAACAUGUCUUGACAAGUGAAUCUAUACACGUGUCUGACGUUGGACAUGUUGAGCAUGUGGUUCAUGAUAGUGUAGUAGAAGCAGAAAUUGUCACUGAUCCUCUGACCACUGAUGUAGUUUCAGAAGAAGUUUUGGUAGCAGACUGUGCCUCUGAAGCAGUUAUAGAUGCCAACGGGAUCCCUGUGGACCAGCAAGAUGAUGACAAAAACAACUGUGAGGACUACCUUAUGAUUUCCUUGGAUGAUGCUGGCAAAAUAGAACACGAUGGUUCCUCUGGAAUGAACAUGGACGCAGAGUCGGAAAUUGAUCCUUGUAAAGUGGAUGGCACUUGCCCUGAAGUCAUCAAGGUGUACAUUUUUAAAGCUGACCCUGGAGAGGAUGACUUAGGUGGAACUGUAGACAUUGUGGAGAGUGAGCCUGAGAAUGAUCAUGGAGUUGAACUACUUGAUCAGAACAGCAGUAUUCGUGUUCCCCGGGAAAAGAUGGUUUAUAUGACUGUUAAUGACUCCCAGCAAGAAGAUGAAGAUUUAAAUGUUGCUGAAAUUGCUGAUGAGGUUUAUAUGGAAGUGAUAGUAGGAGAGGAGGACGCUGCAGCCGCAGCCGCAGCCGUGCACGAACAGCAAAUGGAUGACAGUGAAAUCAAAACCUUCAUGCCAAUCGCAUGGGCAGCAGCUUAUGGUAAUAAUUCUGAUGGAAUUGAAAACCGGAAUGGCACUGCAAGUGCCCUCUUGCACAUAGAUGAGUCUGCUGGCCUCGGCAGACUGGCUAAACAAAAACCAAAGAAAAGGAGAAGACCUGAUUCCAGGCAGUACCAAACAGCAAUAAUAAUUGGCCCUGAUGGACAUCCCUUGACUGUCUAUCCUUGCAUGAUUUGUGGGAAGAAGUUUAAGUCCAGAGGUUUCUUGAAAAGGCACAUGAAAAACCAUCCUGAGCACCUUACCAAGAAGAAGUAUCGCUGUACUGACUGUGACUACACUACCAACAAGAAGAUAAGUUUACACAACCACCUGGAGAGCCACAAGCUGACCAGCAAGACGGAGAAAGCUAUCGAAUGCGAUGAAUGUGGGAAGCAUUUCUCUCAUGCUGGGGCUUUGUUUACUCACAAAAUGGUGCAUAAGGAAAAAGGAGCCAACAAAAUGCACAAGUGUAAAUUCUGUGAAUAUGAGACGGCUGAACAAGGGUUAUUGAAUCGCCACCUCUUGGCAGUCCACAGCAAGAACUUUCCUCAUAUUUGCGUGGAGUGUGGUAAAGGUUUCCGUCACCCAUCAGAGCUCAAAAAGCACAUGCGAAUCCAUACUGGUGAGAAGCCGUACCAAUGCCAGUACUGCGAAUAUAGGUCUGCAGACUCUUCUAAUUUGAAAACGCAUGUAAAGACUAAGCAUAGUAAAGAGAUGCCAUUCAAGUGUGACAUUUGUCUUCUGACUUUCUCAGAUACCAAAGAGGUGCAGCAACAUGCUCUUAUCCACCAAGAAAGCAAAACACACCAGUGUUUGCAUUGUGACCACAAGAGUUCGAACUCAAGUGAUUUGAAACGACACAUUAUUUCAGUUCACACAAAGGACUACCCCCACAAGUGUGACAUGUGUGAUAAAGGCUUUCACCGGCCUUCAGAACUCAAGAAACACGUGGCUGCCCACAAGGGUAAAAAAAUGCACCAGUGUAGACAUUGUGACUUUAAGAUUGCAGAUCCAUUUGUUCUGAGUCGCCAUAUUCUGUCAGUUCACACAAAGGAUCUUCCAUUUAGGUGUAAGAGAUGUAGAAAGGGAUUUAGACAACAGAAUGAGCUUAAAAAGCAUAUGAAGACACACAGUGGCAGGAAAGUGUAUCAGUGUGAGUACUGUGAGUAUAGCACUACAGACGCCUCAGGCUUUAAACGGCAUGUUAUUUCCAUUCAUACGAAAGACUAUCCUCACCGAUGUGAGUACUGCAAGAAAGGGUUCCGAAGACCUUCAGAAAAGAACCAGCACAUCAUGCGACAUCAUAAAGAAGUUGGCCUGCCCUAGCGAUACUUCUACAGAGAUAUUGGCCUUGAAGCAGAAAGUUAAUUUUAAAGCCUAUUAGUGUCAUUCAUAUACAAUACUGUAUAUUGAUUUAUGCUGUGUACAAAUAGACUUAUUGCUUCUAGUUGACUUUCUUUUUUACAUUUUGUUCAGUAGUGUGUUCUGAAUUCUAUUCAGUUUGUUUAAUAAAUGGGGAAAAACAGCAACAAACUAGUUGCUUUUAAUAAAGUAAUCCCUGAUUCUAUACUGAAUUUUUCUAUCUUAGAAGUUUUAUAUUUAUUUAAAUAUUUACCUUGCUUACCUUGAUGGUACUCUUCUAAGACCAUUUAACUUAAGGUAACUUUAGAUUGGUUAACUCUGAAAGUUUUCAUGUUGAUUCAUUACCACCCUGUCCCCUCUGCCGCCCCCCCCCCCCCCCAUGGAUUUCUCACAGUGAAGUUGUCAGAGACAUCUACUAAUAUAAAUGGGAGAUAUUACAGUCAGGUCUAACUCUCAUAACAUGGAAAUCCUUUACUUGUCUUAAGAUUUUCAGAUCAUACUACAAUGAAAGUUUCCAUUUGAGCUUUUGUGUCCCUGGCUUCGCUGAGUAAAGAACAGUGGCUGGGUUUGUGUUUACUUUUCAUUUUAUUUAGCAGAUAAAAUAUAUUUUUGACUUUCUUUGGACUAUUUACAUCUUUUGUCAGUGUAGUAAGCUUUUAGAAAAACUUAUUGAAAAAUUUGGCUUGAUCCUGUUGUAAUUUGAUUCUUCUGUCUGUGCUGCUUUGUCUUGGAAUGGUUGUGUGCUAUAAAUGAGACUUACUGAGGAUUGCAUUUUGGAAUCUGCUAGAGGUAACUCCUGGCUCAUAGGAUCUUUUGCAACUUUAUAUAUGUAAAUGUACCCUGAUUUAUAUAUAUACACAUAUAUAUAUAUAACACAUGUAUCUGUGUGUAUUGCUUAUUUUACAUAUUUAAACACACAACCCCAAGUAGUAGUUGUUUAAAAUCUAUAAUGAAAAGUAUUAAAUUUACAGUAACACGGAAGAUCCAGGGAUGCAUGAGAGAGCAUUUUGUAAGUCAUGCUCUUCAGAGAGACUACUCAGGUGAAGAAUUAGAAGGAAAAUAAGGACACUAGUAUUUUUAAAGAGUAAAGGUAUUUUCUUUUAAAUAUCUUUGGUAAUUGAGAAAUAGAAGUUAAGACAUUUCUAGAUAGAAUGUUUUCAUACAAUUUCAGCUCCAUGCCUUUAUAUUUUUUUGAAAAGCUAAUGAAUAUCCAGACAUGACUCCUUCAGUUCUCUCUGAGAAGCCUGAGAGAGAAUUCUGUCUCGCCAAGGGAGGGGGACAGAGAGGUAGCGAUGGCUCUAUGGACCAGAGAACUGGUGCUAAUUAUGACUUAACUUGGCAAGUUCAGCCUGCUGUGUUAUUCCUUAGACAGUUACAGUUAGCAAACUUUAAACACCUUUAGAACACUCAAGUUGGCUUUUAUUGGAAGAUAAAGGUGGGUUUCAAGUGCAUAAGGAAAGUCUGAGGCCUUAUUUGGAACAUCACCAAGUCUUUGACAGUUCUGUUUUUCUUUGUGAGUUGGCAUCUUUUAACAAAUGGGCCUGAGUCAGAGUCAUACUUUCAUAAAAUGAGCUCAGUUAAUUACAAUUUUGUUAAGAUGACUUGGAGAACAGAAUAUAGUUUUGGGAGUGGUCCCUUAGAUUGGCUGUUGGCACACACAUCUGGCACAUCAUGGGAAAUUUAGAAAUUUUCUUCCCACUCGAUAGCUGCCUUGCCACCUCAUUAUGGUGCUCCAUCCCCUUUGCGCCAUUAGGUUUCUACUUUUCAUCUUUCUCUUUGCCACCCAUAUUUGUAUUUAAUAGCUAUAUUUUUUAGAGUUAGAAAUCUAAAUAUUUGAUGUUUGGCAAGCCUCUAAAGUGCUAAUUCAAUUAAGGUUGAUUCUAAAUCAAGUUCUUUAGGCUGGUAUGAACUCAAACUCAAAUGCCAAAGCCAAGGCGUUGGUUUUUCCUUGACUAUCCUAUAGGGAAUAUCUUCUUGGCCCCCAUUCAAGCUUUUUUUUUUUUUUUUUUCCUUACAGCUGUAUGAUUCAUUGCCCCACUAUUCUUGAAAGCUCUGUCUGUUUUUGUGAGAACCUUUAAAAUCUCCCGUAAUUUUUAUUUUUCCCAGAAAUAAUGUAAAAGAAGACACUUAAAUGAAAGUGGUUAUUUACUAAUUUUAACCAUCUUGUAAAAAUUCAGAAAAUGUAAAUGAUUGGGUCAUUUAUAUUUUUUUAAAUAAACUGAAAGAUAAAGAACACAACACUUUACACACUUUAUAUUUCUCUUAUGUAAUCUGGAAUCAUACACCGUUCUUUUCUUUUUUAAGCACAAUAUUGAAACCUUUAAAAGGUAUUUAAGGGUUUGGUCAAGUGAAUAUAAAAUGUAUUUGUCUGUAUAAAGAGAAAAUGAAAUUGUAGUCACUGUUAUGUACUGACAUUAGUUACAACCUAGUUUUAAUUCUUAAAACAAUUUUGAUUAGCAAAGCUAAAAAAUGGAUGUUUCAGUUAAAUGUUUUAAAGAGGUACAGAUUUUUACAAGGACAUAAUAUAAGUUAUUGUUCUGUAGAAAUAUCCUAUUAAAUAUUGUAUGACCCUUCCUCUGUACACUUUGUAUAAAAAGUAAAAUACAUAAAAAGAAAAUCAUAUAGGGAUGUGUGACAUUAUUGUAAUUGUGUACUUGAGAAUAACGUGCAAAAAUAAAAAUCAGAAUAUUUUCCUGUUAAUGAACGUUUAGUCUAUUUGAUACCAAUACUAAGUUAAUGCUUUUUCUUAAGGAGAAUGUACAGUUUUUGUAAACCUAAUAAACAUCAAAAGCAGUUUAUUAUUUUCAUUCCCCACCCCCCAUUUCUUAAGUCCUUUUAUGCAGCAGUGGAAUGCAAAAUGCUUGAUUGCUUUGAAUUUUGUGACUUGGAUGCAAAUACUGAUAAUAUUUCAGUCUUGUAAAUUUGCAAGUAAUAUUGCGGAGAAGUUAAGAGGUGAUUGGUGAGUCCUUUGAUGAGCAUGUCCUUGAACUUCAUUUUUUUCUUUUCAUAAAGGAUUUGUUUUAUUAGCAUCUCCAGUUCCCUAGAGAUAAAUUACCCAUGCAUGAAGUGGUUUUUGAGAGCACUUAUGAUUCAUUUCCGAAUCCACAGCAUACUUACUCAGUAGGGACUGUCCCACUUCCACUGCAGAAGUCUUUCCCUCCAGUUAACCUUUUGUGCCCAGUUUGGAGGGCACUAGAGGACACUAACACACUAGACAAUGGUUGUUAUAGCAAAAAUCCAAAAUCAGGCAGAAGUUGUCAUCAGCCAAAGAGAUUUUCACCAGCUUUGAUUUUAAAGAUGAGAGUCUAGUUCAUCUGUAGGAACAAGUGUUUGGUAGUUGAAACAGUCAGUAACCAAAACGUGAGGGAAAUGAUCAAGAGAAUGUGGUAAUUUCACUGUCCAGAGCCGUAAAUCAGACAAAAAAAAUCACAUGCUGAGAGUCUUAGUUGCGAUAGAACACCUAGCAAAUGGCAGGUGACCUAUCGGUGACCUUCACCAGUUGGAUAACAUGCUGCUAUGUUCUCUGAGAAUCACAAUCUUUAUUUCCCACAAAUUUUAGCAUUCAUUUGACCAGUCUGAUAUUUUGGGGCAGUGGUUUUCAAGUGUCACCUGGCAGCACUGGCAGCGUUGUAGUCACCUGGGACUUGGUUGAAGAUGCAAAUUCUCAUCUGCCCAGUCUUGUUGAAUUGCAAAAGAAAGUGUGGGGCCUUGCUUCUUAGAGGUCUUAGCAUGUUUUUCAAGUGAUUUUGAUGCAUACUCAAGUUUGGGAAACACAAUUAAAGAGCACAUGAGGAACUUAAAGAUUUCUGCUGCAACAUGUUGUGUGAUAGGCAAAAUCACAAAAACAAAUUAGAACAAUGAAAAUAAGAUGCAGACACUUCCUACCUUGCCUGCACUCCUUUUAAAGUGUAGCUUGCUAGUCAGUCAGUAUAUCCUUUAGUGCACAUGUAAAUAGCCUGUACUUCCUAAUCCUUGUAUGGCCUCCCAUAGUCCUAUUCCUCAGAGGUAAACAGAAGGAAGAUGCAGCAAAUAAAAGAAGGACUGACAAACUGUGUGUGUGUGUGUGUGAGAGAGAGAGAGUGUUAAUUGGCCCAGGAUUAUUAAGUAAUUCAUAUCCAAAAAACCACUUUGCCAUAUUCUACAGUUUUUUAGAUAAGGUCAAAUUUAAGUUUACCCAAUGGAUUUUGUUUUUUGUUUUAUGUACGUAUUGUUUGCCUUUUUCAUAAAAUAAUU